AUGGCUUCUCCCGAAAUCAUAGCAGUGUUCGGUGCUACAGGCAACCAGGGUGGCUCUGUUGUCAGAUCCCUUCUCGGGAACAAGGCCAAUUUCCAAGUUCGCGCCAUUACCCGCAAUCCUGAAUCAGAGAGAAGCAAGGCGCUGGUUGAUCUUGGUGCUACAGUCGUCAGGGCUAAUGGCUUCAAUCCCGCUGAGAUGGCCCAGGCAUUUGGAGGUGCCUGGGGAGCAUUCGUCAAUAUCAAUUCGGAUGACAAGAUUUUCACCGACUCAACCGCUCCCACUGAGUUUGACAUGGGAAAGACCAUUAUCGAUGGUGCUAUUGAAGCGGGCGUGAAGCAUAUCGUCUUCAGCUCCGGUCCUCCUUGCACAGAAAUGACCGGGGGAAAGGUCCGAAUGAAAGCCAUGGACAUGAAAAACAAGAUCGAACAUUACAUUCGCUCAACUGGAAAGUUUUCCACUGCCUCAUUCAUCUGCGCUGGGUGGUAUUUGGAGAACUUCCUGUCGAAGGAAGUUGCCCCAGUCUUUGGUGGCUUUCCUCACUUCCCCGACCCAGAAGGGUACCUCACGUUUAAGGCUCCGAUGUGGGGAGGGAUGGAGGACGUUCCAUGGCUCAGCAUGACCGACGAUUACGGUGACAUAAUCCACGGCCUAUUUUUGGAGCCCGAGAAGUGGGAUGGUCAUGUCAUCCAUGGAGUGAGCGAUAUUCGUAGCUUUGACGAAUUGGUCGGAGCGUUCCAGCAAGUGACCGGGAAAAAAUCCCGCUACGAUCCUCUCAUGCCAUCCUGGGAAGCCUUCGAUACGCAUGGGAUCCAUGAGCUCGAAGAUGCGAAAUUGAUGUUCGGGUUCACGCAGAUCACUGGUGGACGAUAUUUUGGCGAGAAAGCCACCGAGUCCGAUACAGCGGCGCAGCUGAAGGCGGCCGGAGCUUGUGCCAGGGGUCAAGAGGGGCCAGAUCUUCAGUUGAUCAGUGCUGAAGAAUGGUUCAAACGACGUUUUACCGUUUGA